UACCGAAAAGUUGAAAGAAUGAAAGAAUUAAAGAGUAAACAGAAAGCAAGAACAGAUGAUGACUAUCGAGCAAAUGAAAGAAUGAAAGAACUGAAAAGUAAACAGAAAGCAAGAACAGAUGAUGACUAUCGAGCAAGUGAAAGAAUGAAAGAACUGAAAAGUAAACAGAAAGCCAGAACAAAUGCUGACUAUCGAGCAAGUGAAAGAAUGAAAGAACUGAAGAGUAAACAGAAAGCCAGAACAGAUGAUGACUAUCGAGCAAGUGAAAGAAUGAAAGAGCUGAAGAGUAAACAAAAAGCAAGAAGUAGUAUUGACUAUAAAUUUCAUGAAGCAAACAUGAAACAAAAAAAGAGAAUGGAAGAUGACUAUCGAGCAAGUGAAAGAAUGAAAGAACUGAAGAUUAAACGGAAAGCCAGAGCAGAUGAUGACUAUCGUGCAUCAGAAAGAAUGAAAGAUCUUCAAAGUAAAAAGCAGGCACGGAGUUCUAAAUAUUACCAAGAAAAAGAACGAAUUACAAAACAAUCUUCUAGACAAAUUUUAAGAAACAUAAUCAAAGAAAGAAAGGCAGGUAAAAGGACAAAAAAAGAGCAGAGAAUUGAUCCAGCAUUCAAAUUAAAAGAAUUGCAAUGUAAAAGAGGAAUACAUCUCAAUGAUGUCAUUGCUAAAUUUCACAAAACAAUAGCAGAAGGACCAGUAUAUGUAUGUACAAGUUGUCACCAAACAUGGUUUAAACACUCUGUAACAGAGGUAAAUAGAAAUGUGGAACAUAGCUCACUUUUUACAAAAUGCACCACUCGUUACAAAUCAAAGAAUGGUAAAGAAUGGAUAUGUAGAACUUGCCUAUUAGCUUUAAAGAAUGGGAAAAUGCCAACAUUGUCAACAGUAAAUCAAAUUUCUUUUCCUGAUAAACCAGUUGAAUUGGAUUUGCAUCAGCUUGAGGAAAGAUUAGUUGCAUUGAGAAUCCCUUUCAUGCAAAUGCGUGAACUUCCUAGAGGUGGUCAAUUAAGUAUUCAUGGAAAUGUUGUCAAUGUACCAGUUGACAUACAACCAACCAUCAAAGCUUUACCUCGACAGUUUGAACAAACUACAAUACCUGUUAGAAUUAAAAGGAAAAUGUGUUAUAAAAAGUGUGAGUUCACAGAAAAUGUUCGACCAGGGCAUGUUUUGACUGCUUUACAUUGGCUUUUCAAGAAUGGUGAUCUUUACAAAGAAUCCGGUGUUGAGUUAGAUAAAGAGUGGUUUUCAAAGAUGGAUCAAAGUGCUAAGGAAAUCAUUAACACAUUCAUGGAAUUUCCUUCAAACCCUAAUGAAGAGCAAUCUGAUGAUGAAGGUCAUGACUCUGACACAUUUAGUGAGAUAUCUGACGAAGACAGGGUCAUAGGAAAUGCUGAUACAUUGAUAGAGCCUAUAUGUCCACAAAAUGAUUCAAUAUACACAUUUGCUCCUGGUGAAGGCCAGCAUCCUUUGAGCUUAUAUACUGACAAAGAUGCAGAAGAGUUAUCUUUCCCCUCAAUAUUUUGUGGCCAAAGACGCAUUCCUAACUCCGAAAGAGACGUGAAGGUUAAUUAUAGCGACAUUGUAAAAUGGGAACUUCGAAGUAUUGACAGAAGAGCAGCAAAUUCUGUACCAAAUUUAUUCUUCAAAAUGAAAAAAAUACAGAUGAAACAGAUCUCAGACAAGGUUUAUUUAGCACUGAGAAGAUGCAAAAGUAAAGACAGAAAUGUUACUGUUGCAGAAGCCCUUAAUCCAACACAUAUAGACAAGUUGGUAAACCUUGAUGAAGGUUUCUAUAUAUUCAGAACUCUAAGAAACUCUCCGCCCUACCUAGAAAAGAGAAAGAAAGAUGUAUUUGCAAUGAUUCGCCAACUUGGACUACCAACUUGGUUUGGAUCUCUGUCUGCAGGUGACACAAGAUGGCACGAUCUGUUGAGAAUUCUUGGAGAGUUGAAUGACAAAAUAUCAUACAGCAAACAACAGAUAAGUAACAUGACAUGGAUUAAGAAAACUCAAUUGGUACAAAAAGAUCCAGUCACAUGCACUAGAUAUUUUGACCACCGUGUUCAACAAUUCAUAAAUACAGUUUUGAAAUCUGAUCAUGCUCCACUUGGAAUAUUGAAAGACUACUUUUAUCGUGUUGAAUUUCAACAUAGAGGUUCUCCUCACAUACACAUGCUGAUGUGGAUACAAGAUGCUCCAAAAUACAAAGAGGAUUCAAAUGACAAGAUAGCUGAGUAUGUUGAACAUUAUACAUCAUGUCAGUCAAAUGUCUCGGAUAAUUUGACACCACUUGUUGAUAUACAGACUCAUAAACACUCAAAAACAUUGCAGAAAAAAGGGGAAAGCUAUAUGUAGAUUUGGAUUUCCAUUACCACCAAUG